GGUUUCAACCAUCAAACGGAAGCAUUGUAGUUAGGGUUUUUCGGAGAGCAAAGUUGGAAUAGAGAGGGUUUAGGGAUAAAGCACCAAACAAAAUGGAUCCUUCCACUCUCAAUAACGCUGAAAUGCAACAAUUCCUCAACCAAGAGAAGGAAAAGGCUAUGGUUAAUGAGAUGGUGGCAAAGCUUACGAGUGAAUGCUGGGACAAAUGCAUCACUAGUACACCUGGGAGCAAGUUCAGCUCAAGUGAAUCAGCCUGCCUUUCCAAUUGUGCUCAGCGUUAUAUGGAUAUGAGUCUCAUCAUCAUGAAACGCUUCCAGUCGAUGCAUUGAGAUUUUAGCUACCAAUUUUCUCAUAUGUCAAAAGACAGGGAUGUUAUUGUUUUGUUUAGCCUCUAUAAACAAUUAAUUUUAUCAGUUCAAAAUUCACCCUAUUUUUCUGGAAAAUGAUCCCCCUCUUAUUUUAUGAUGAUGCCAUCCUUACGCA